CAAGGAGACGAAUUUACGACGUUCCGCUUUACGACUGUUUUCAUGGUUGCCUAGCAGCAGCUGAACAAGGGAACACAAGAUGGCUAGGCUGUUUUAACAAUAAGUUCAUCGCUUAGUAGGACAUUCAUACAAAAGCUGAGAGAUGUCUGCAGCCACAGACUGGAAGCUGCUCAUGGGAGUAGACCCAGAAGAUCUGGGAGAAGAUGAUGAGAAAAUCUGUGAUUUGAUUUUGAUGGUCAAACCACGGGACCUGAAAGCAGAUGAUUCAGAGAAAAUGAUUCAGCUCUUCAGAAUCUCACAAACACUCCUGAGGAUGAAACUGGACGAAAUUAAAUGUGCCUAUGAAGUUGUAGACAGUGCAGGUGUGGAGCAAGCAAGAAUUGAAAAUGAGCUGAAAGCCAAAGUCCUAAAGCUGGAAGGUGAGCUAGAGAUGGCCCAGCGCGUGAUGGGAGGGGGUGACACACGUUUCCUUCGGGAUGAGAUUCACCAACUGGAGAGUCACCUGGAGCGCAAAGAGAGAGAGGUGACCCAGCUGGAGAAGGAAAUGGGCAAGGAGAGGAAAGCCAAUGAGGAGCUGGCUCUCCGUGCUGAAGAGGCAGAAGAGAAGAACAGGAAACUCAAAAGAGAGAACGAACAGCUGCAACAGGAUGUGGAGUUCUACAGAAAGGAAAUAGAGCAGAGAGAGCCUCUUCAGACCAAAGAGGAGAGCAAUGAGAUUCAGAGGAGACUUACCAAAGCCAACCAACAGCUCUACCAGUGCAUGGAGGACCUGCAGCAUGCCGAGGACAUGGCUGCCAACCUGAAGAGCGAGAACGAGCAUCUGCAGAAGAAUCUGGAGGAGUCUGUGAAGGAGAUGGAGAAGAUGACGGAUGAAUACAACAAGAUGAAGAUCGCAGUCCAGCAGACGGAUGCAAUCAUGGAUCAGCUGAGAAAAGAAAGAGAUCAUGCCAAGUUUCAGGUCAGAGAGCUAAAUGAACAAAUCCAGGCUCGAGUUGAAGAGGACGACCCAGUUAUGGCUGCCGUUAAUGCCAAAGUUGAAGAGUGGAAGAGUAUUUUAUCUGGAAAAGAUAUGGAAAUUUUGGAGUAUCAGCAGAUGAUCAGAGACUUGAGGGAGAAACUUCGAUCUGCUCAAAUGGACUCUGACAAAAGCAACAUUAUCGCACUGCAGCAGGCCGUGCAAGAGAGGGACAACCAGAUCAAGAUGCUGUCUGAGCAAGUCGAGCAGUACACAACAGAAAUGGAAAAGAAUGCUGUGCUCAUCGAGGAGCUGAGGAAACCAGUAAAGAAAGAUAAAGGUAACGCCAGCGCGCAGCAGCGCAGGUUGGAAGACUUGAGCUCUAAACUGCAGGUGGCUGAGAGGAGAGCUCUGGAGGCUGAGCGUGCCGCCCAACUGGCAGAACGUGAUGCCAAGGACAAAGACAAAGAGCUCAAUGACACCCUCAGUCAAAUCCGUCUGUAUGAGUCUGGGACGGAUGGUUUGGAAGCUGCCAUCACUGAGAUCAAAGAAUGUAAAAAUCAAAUCAGAGUGAGAGACCGGGAAAUAGAAUCCAUGAUAAAAGAGAUAAACCAACUGGAGAUCAAAAUCAACAAUCUGCUAGAUGAGAAUGAAGACCUACGAGAACGCCUUGGAUUAAAUCCGAAGGAAGAACUGGAUUUGAGUGAAUUCCGGAGAUCAAAGGUUUUGAAGCAGAGACAAUACAAAGCAGAGAACCAGGUCCUGCUGAAAGAGAUUGAGCGUCUGGAGGAGGAAAGACUCGAGCUGAAACAACGCGUUCGUGCGCUGGUGAAGGACAAAGGCGUAUCAGUAGUUAGUAGUUCACUGCUUGAUGACAGUGUUGAAGAAAAGCCCAGCAGAUCUUUUAGAGAGAGGCCUGUCUCUGGAUUCACCGAUGAUGAGAUGAAACGAAAAAACGAGCGUCUGCAGAAAGAGUUGAGCAACAAAGAGAAAGAAUUUGAACUCAAGAGAACAGAAUCCGUCCAGUUCAAAGCCAGAUUGAAUGAAAUGUUGAAUGAGAAUAAACAGCUGGAACAGGGCAUGAAGGAGAUCCUGCAGGCUGUCCAGGACACUCAGAAGAAAACACCCACAUCCAUUGGCGUCAGCAUUCCCAGCCUGGAGAGACUCGUCAAUGCUCUGGAGAUGAAGUACUCGGAGGGAAAGUUUGAUGCAAGCCUCCACCUCAGAACGCAGGUAGAUCAACUGACCGGCCGCAAUGAGGAGCUACGGCAGGAGAUGAAAGCAGCUAGAGAGGAGGCAACAAUUACUCUCAGUCAGUUAACGAAAGCUAACGAGAAGAUUUCUCGCUUGGAAAGUGAGGUUGAAUCAAUGAGCAAAUCAGCUGGCACUUCCAUCCCUUACAAGUCAAUAGCUCUGCCUGAAGAGAUGACGCCAACUAGUGCCGAGGUCAUCAACGCUCUCAAUGAAUACACGAUACAACUCCUACAGGAGAUCAAAAACAAAGAAGAUUCCAUUGAGCAGCUCAGUUCAGCUCUGGAAGAAUAUAAAAGGAAAUUCGCAGUGAUCCGCCAUCAACAAGGACUACUAUACAAGGAGUAUCAAAGCGAGAGGGAGUCUUGGCAGAAAGAGAGAGACUCUUUUGCCGAACUGAAAUCCAAACUCGAGGAACAAAGGGAGGUGGACGCAGUCAAAGUCAAAGAGUAUAAUCAAUGGCUUGAGGCUCUUGAAAAGGACCCGAGUGAGAUCAGACGGGAGCUGGCUGAGAUGGCCCGAAAAAUGACGGUUCUCAAGGUGAAUGAGAAGUGUCUGACACGACGUUACACGACUCUGCUUGAGCUCGAGCAACACUUGAGGAAGGAGAACGGCAAACUGAAGGAUGAUUUCACUCAAAUGGAGGCUGCUGUAACUGAAAGAAUCGGCUACUUGCAAAGGUUCAAGGAAAUGGCAGCGUUUAAAAUGGCCGCAUUGCAGAAAUCCCUUGACGGUAGUGUUCCUACAUCAGAGCUGGAGAGAGCCAACAAACAAUACACCGAGCUCACUAUCAAGUACAGAAACCUACUACAGAAAGACAAUCACCUCGUUCAGAAGACAACCACACUGGAGCACCUGGAGAAGGAGAACGUGUCUUUACAUGAACGCAUUAACUCCAUCAAUAAAGAGCUUGAGAUCAGCAAGGAGAAGCUUCACACUUUGGAGCAGGCCUGGGAAAACAUCAGCACAACUGGUGGUGAGAACAGCAUGGACAAGGCAGCCAAAGCCCUGGCCAACAGCGAGAUUGUAUCUGUGUCCAGACGCAUCACAAUGCUGGAGAUGAAGGAGUUAAAUGAAAGGCAGCGGGCCGAACAUGCUCAGAAAAUGUACGAGCACCUGAGGAACUCCCUCAAACAGGUGGAAGAGCGUAACUUCGAGCUAGAGACCAAGUUUGCUGAGCUCACAAAAUUAAACCUAGAGGCUCAGCGGAUAGAGCGGGAGCUCAGGGAUGAGCUGGCAGACAGCGUAAGCAAAGACAUCAGUGAUGCUGAUCGCAAGCGAAUCACCGAACUGGAGAAAACAGAGGCAGACCUGCGGAUUGAAGUGUCCAAAUUACGGGAGGUGUCAGAUGUCGCUAAAAUGCAGGUGUCCGCUCUGGAAUCCAGACAGCAGUCAAGAGAGAAGGAGGUAGAAAGCCUAAGGAGACAGGUGUUGGACUACCAGGCUCAAUCCGAUGAAAAGGCCCUCAUCGCUAAACUCCACCAGCACAUUGUGGCCCUACAGUUGAGCGAAACCUCAGCCAUCAGCCGACUGGAAGCUGCCAACACACGCCUGCAGAAACUCGAAGCGCAGAAGCUCCGAGUUGAACAGCAGCUGGAUGCCCAGCAGCAGACUCUGUGGCACGCGAGGCAGGAGGGUCACCAGCGGGCCAGACACCUCCGCCACACCAUCCAGGCCCUCCGCAGACAGUUCUCAGGAGCCCUGCCACUGGCCCAACAGGAGAAGUUUUCCAACACCAUGCUCCAGCUGCAGGAGGACAAGGCACGGGCCAGGGAGGAGGCACAUAAGGCGGAGGAGGAGAGGAGGAAAGCAGAAGGAAAGGCACAAGAACUGAAGCUAAAGCUGAAGGGGUUGGAGGAGCUUAUAGCAACACUGAAAGAUGCCAAAGGAGCACAGAAAGUGAGUGAGUGGCAUAAGAAACUGGAGGAAGUCCGUCUGUUGGAAAUGAGGCAGAGCAGAGAGCUUGGUGCCCAGCGGGAAGAGAUAAAAUACCUUAAGAACAUUGUGGCUGAGCAGGAAUGCACCAUCAGCGGCCUGGAAGAGGAGUUGGUGCACCAGAAUAACCUUCUCGAGGAGCGGCAACUGAUCUGGGAUCAGAGAGAAGUGCAAUUGGAGCGCCAACUCGACACCUAUGAGAAACGGCAGAAUGAAGUCUUAAGUACAGCUCAGAAGUUUGAGGAAGCCACAGGCUCUCUACCGGAUCCAAAUCAACCUUUAGUGCACCAGCUAGACUACGCUCUUGGAAAAAUCAAAGAGCAUGUUCGUACCAUCCUUGAGACAAAAGCCACCUGCAAAAUUCUGGAAGAGAAGCUGAAGGAAAAAGAAGCUGCUUUGUGGACAUCAGAACAGAACGUCUUAUCCCGAGACAAAGUAAUCAAUGAACUGCGGCUUCGCCUUCCAGCCACUGCUGAGAGAGAGAAACUCCUGGCUGACCUGAGCAAACAAGAGGACUCUGAUAGCCAGCCCGCCCUGAAGGUUGCCCACCAGACCAUUAAUAACCUACAAGGGCGUCUGGAUCAAAAAGAAGGGGUUCUCAAGAAGUACCAGAACUUGUUAGCAAAGACCCGUCAGGAGCAGGAAGAGAUUUCCAAAAGACAUGAGGAGGAGGUCAGGGCACUGCAUCAAAAACUGGAUGUCUAUAUGGACACAUCGCUGGACCGUUUCAAACAGACCGCUCUGGAGCUAAUGAAGAAACCCACCAUCACUGUACCGACCAAUAAGCACUUGAUGCGUUUGGCAGAAAUGGAGCAGACGGUGGCCGAGCAGGACAAUUCGCUUUCCUCGCUGACACGCAAGCUGAAGGUCGUCACCACAGAGCUGGACCAACAGAAACAGGUGAUGGCGGCACAAGCCAUGGAGCACGCUAUGGAUAUAGCCAGACUUGAGGAGAGACACGUUGCCCAAACGAAGGGUCUGUCACAGGAAGCAGAGGAGCUGAGAGCUCAGCUCAUUCAAAUGGAGAAAGAGCUGCAUUUCCUCCGCACGGAGCUAGAGGCCCAGAAAGAAGCCAAUGUCAGAUCACCAUCCAACACCAUGAAGAACCUCGUGGAGCGGUUGAAGACUCAGUUGGCCCUCAAGGAGAAACAGCUGAAGGCUCUCAGUAAAGCUCUCUUGGAGCUUCGUGCAGAGUUGACAUCUCAAGCAGAACAGCAGAUCAUCGCCAAUGCUGCUCAGAAGGAAGAGGCCCUCAACGUUCAACAGAUUGUCGACAAGCAGACCAAGGAGCUAAGGACGUGUGUAAAAGACCUUAAUGAUGAGCUCCUGCUGGCUAAGGAUGGCGUACGAGCAGUAAAAGCCAGAGAAAACUCGCUGAGAGAGGAGCUGGAGAACUUAAACAAGGAUCUGCAGAAGAGCCAGAAAUCACAUAACAAGCUGCAGAGUGAAAAAGAGACUCUGGAGGAUCAGCUGGAUGAGCUGAAGAAGAAGGUCCAGAGGCUCAGCAGCGGCCUUCAGGCUCAGGUUGACAGUGAUGGACCCACAGUUGAGGCUCUUCAGAAGAAGAUCCGUAAGUUAGAGCAGGAGCUGGACAGGAAGAGCAUCUCAGAGCCUGCAGACAAGAGGAGCAUCCUGAAGGAGGACAAGUCCUCUAAAGAAGAAAUCUUGAGGUGGGAGGAAGGUAAAAAGUGGCAGGCCAGGGUGGAGAAAGUGCGGACCGUCCUCAAGGAGAAGGAGAAAGAAGUGGAAUCUCUGUCUAAACAAUUAACAAUGAUCAAAGAACUUUACAGCAGGUUGGAGCAGGAGAAGGUGGCUCUCCAGAAGAAACUAAAAGGCAGAGGAGUGACCGCAGAUCAGGUUGUUGGUGUACGGACCCUCGAGGCUGACAGAGAGAUUGAGGAGCUACAAAGAAGGAACGCUGAACUGGAGCAGCAAAUCAAAGUGAUAAAGCAGCAGCAAGCUUUACCCCGUGAUGCCGCAAUGGAGGAUAUCACCAUCAGGAACCGUUAUCUUGAGGAGAGGCUUCACUCCCUGGAGAAUCAACUGUCCAAAGAGUCUCCAUCCAGACCAUCUCAGACAUCUGGCCGUGGUUCUGGUACACCAUCUCAAAGAGAACAUGAGCUCCAAAAAGAGAACCUCAAGGUGUCCACGGAGAACCUGGAGCUUCGUUUCCAACUGGAGCAAGCAAACAAGGACCUACCUCGAUUAAAAGAUCAGGUGUCUGACCUCAAAGAGAUGUGCAGUGUUUUGAAGAAGGAGAAAGCUGAAGUGGAGAAGAGGCUCAGCCAUAUUCGUGGGUCUGGCCGCAGCGGGAAAACCAUUCCUGAGCUGGAGAAGACCAUCGCACUGAUGAAGAAGGUAGUGGAGAAAGUUCAGAGAGAGAAUGAGAACUUAAAGAAGACUUCAGAGGCCAAUGUGCAGGAGCAGCUUACUAAACUAGAACGAGACCAUGAGAAACUAAAGUCUGAAUAUGAAAAGCUGAAAGGAAAACAAGAGGAACAGCUAAAUGCAAGACUUGAAUCAAAAACCAAGGGCAUUGAGAAAAUCAUGAUGGAAAAUGAACGCUUACGUAAAGAUAUUAAAAAGGAAGCAGAAGCUGCAGAAAAGCUGAGGGAUGCAAAGGCCAGACUUGAAGUAGCCAAUGAGAAACUAAAGGCGGAGCUUGAGGAGACCAAUCAGAGGCUCCUAUUGGCACAGUCAAAAGGGCCGUGUUUAGAGGGAGUGGACAGCAAGACCUGGAAAUCUUCAGUUGUUUCCAGGUUAUUUGAAAACAAGAUGAAAUGUCUUGAGAGCGAAAUCGCUAAGAAAAACUCCAGCGUAUCAGAGCUGAAGAUGCAGCUGAAAGAAGCGAAUGAGAAACAGCAGGCCACACAACACACAGUCAGCCAGCUGAAGGAACAAGUGGAACUGCUUAAAAAUAUCCCAGCGGAAGCGACCACUGAUGAAGGCCUUGUCAGAGAGUAUCAGUCCCUGAGAUUGGCCAAUAAACAACUCGAGAGGGAAAAAGCUCAACUUCUUCGCCAGAUCCAAAGGUACGAUGAGCAGUUUGGAGCCAGCAAAGCAGGACCAGGAUACAAUGAUCUCCAGGAACAAAUUAAGGCAGCAAAUACUGAAAAAAAGAAAUUACAGGACGAAUUGAGAAAGCUGACUCGAGAGCUGAAAAACUUUGACCCGACAUUUUUUGAGGAACUUGAGGAUCUAAAGUUCAACUACAAUCUGGAGGUGAAGAAAAACAUCAUCCUGGAGGAACAGUUGAAGAAGUUUGGAGUGGCGGUUCCCAUAGACGUGUCUAUCAGCUAACACACAUCAGAUCAUUUCUCAGGUUAUUAGAUUUUAUUCUUACUGCUCAGUUAGAGCCAAAUAUGUACAAUGUUGCUUCACCUUAUUGUUCAAAUAUAAUGUUUCACAAGUAGGUUCAUAUUUAUUUUUUUGUAAAAUAUUACAACCUUGUCAUAUAAAGUUUACAAUAUUUGUGAUUUUAUGGCCUUACUAGCAUAAGCUGAAACUGAAAGGAUUUGAUCUUUUUACAUUUAACCCAUUAAUCACUGCCUCAUUUUUGAGACUCCUUACAUGUAAUAAAUGACGAUCAAUGUAAAUUUGUUCCAUUUAUUUAUACAUAUUGCUGAACCAUCCUAUUUAAACAAACCAAAAAAAGAAUUAAAUAAUAAUUAAAAAAAAAAAAAA